GCUGAAGCAGGGUGUGUUUUUCUAUCACUGCAGCAUCAGCAGAGAGAAGAGGGGCGCAAUCAAUUUCACAGAAAAGAGGAAGAAAGGACACAAGUAGAUAAGGAAGGGAGCAAGGAAAGGAAAGGUGCUGGGAGUCGUCAGAGGAGAGGAGGCUCAUCGUGGAGACAGGAGACGUGCAGCAGGGCGUGGACCUGAUUACAAAGGAGAAGGGACAGGGAUCAAGACGGACCAAGAGCAUAUGAAACAAAGCCACCGUCUUUAGAAUCAGGCACACAAGAAGACACGUGCUUGGUUGGAGUUUAUGUGUGUGCGCAGACUGUGUGUGCGUUUGGAACUGCCUCUGUGUGCAUUUUCUGUGAGCAGGUGGGGCUUUGAUGGGACAGUGAGCAAUGGCUCGCAUGCAGCAACAGCAGGUCUGCAGUAGGGGGCAGCGCUCCUCCCACCUCCCUCUUGCUUUCCUCACCUUCCUUUGCUUUGGUGCCCAACAUAACCAAGCAGUCAUACAAAUACCCUCCAACUACCACAUAAGUGAUAUCAAUAGUUCUCCUGUGAUCAUUAAUCCUCCAAAGACCAUCAUAGUUGUUGGUGUAGAGGAGUUCAUCAUGAGCUGCGAAGCCUCUGGAAACCCUCAACCCAGUUUCACAUGGACAAAGGACGGACACAAAUUCGACCCACGCAGUGAACCGCACCUGAAAGUUUCAGAGCACCCGGGCUCAUUUGAAUUCAAAGCAUCCAAUGGUAGCAACAUGGUCAACCUGAAGAGCUACCAAGGCAAAUAUGUCUGCUACGCAACCAACAACCUGGGGACAGCCAUGUCAAAAGAGGCCACACUCAGCAUUGAUGGUCUACCUUCUCUGCAGAAAGAAAAAGAUUCCAUUUUUAGGGCCACUGAGGGAUCCAAUAUGACGCUAAAGUGUAAUCCUCCAAAGAGCUCCAUGGUGCCCGUCAUCCACUGGAUGGACUGGAAAUUACGUCACAUUGAGCUAAGUGAUCGUGUGAUGGUGGGAAAGGACGGCAACCUAUACUUUGCUAAUCUGAAGACCACCGACUCCAGGGAUGACUACAUUUGCAACCUCCAGUACAUGGAAACGCGCACGAUUCUGACAAAAGACCCCUUUACCCUUGAGGUCAAACCCUCUAAUUCUAUAGUGCACAAUCGGAGACCUCAGAUGGUGACUCCGACUGGAUCCUCGAGCACGUACCUCGCCCUCAGGGGCCAGACCCUUGAUCUGGAGUGCAUCGCACAAGGCCUUCCAACCCCUCGAGUGACGUGGUUGAGGAAAGACGGCGAGCUUUCGGAAUCCCGGACUGUCAAAGAGUCUUUUAACCACCGCCUACGCUUCCUUAAUGUCUCUGAAAGUGACGGGGGAGAGUACCAGUGCAUAGCUGACAACACCCAGGGGAAAGCCAAACACACUUUCAUGUUGACUGUGGAAGCUGCUCCUUAUUGGAUCAAAGAGCCAGUUAGUCAGCUGUACGCUGCAGGUGAGACUGUCAGAUUAGAUUGCCAGGCAGACGGCACCCCCUCUCCUACCAUCCGCUGGACCGUCAACGGGGCCCGCCUUCCAGAAAACUCUAAGCGUAUCAGGGUGGAGAGUGGGUCACUUAUACUUGAGCAUGUGGUGUUUGAAGACACUGCCGUCUACCAGUGCCUGGCCUCCAACAAACAUGGAACCAUCUUCACCAACACGCAUGUCUACGUCAUCAAUCUGCCCCCUCAAAUUCUCACUAAAGACGGGGAAAUCUAUUCACAUAUAGAAGGUCAGAGGGCUUUACUGCAGUGUGAAACCUUUGGUUCUCCUAAACCUAAAGUCACAUGGGAAAGAGAGGGGUCUUUGCUUCUCGCUGAACCAAGAGUUAACCUGCUCACCAGUGGGGCUCUUGAGAUCGCCAAUGUCACCCUCGAUGAUAAGGGGCUCUAUAACUGCAAUGUGCAGAACAGCAACUUGUCAAUCACUGCCGAACUGGAAGUUUUCAACAGAACCGUGAUCCUGUCUAUGCCACAGGACCUGAAGGCGCAGCCUGGAACCAGCGCAGUCUUCACAUGUAAAGCCCUUGUCGAUCCCCAUUUUAGAGACCCUCAAAUUCAGUGGAGGAAAGACAAUCAGAAGCUUCAGGAAUCCAUCAGCGAUGAAAAGUACACAUUUGAUGAAUCAGACCUCAUAAUAGCUGAUGUGAAUGCAGAUGAUGAAGGGGUGUACACCUGUGAAGUCAUCACUAGCCUGGACAUGGCUAAAGCCGACGGCACUCUUACUUUAAUUGAUCGCCCCGACCCUCCCAGUCGCCUUCUGCUCGCUGAUCCUGACAGUCGUGUUGUCACACUCAGAUGGACUCCUGGAGAUGACCACAACAGCCCUGUGAAAGAUUAUGUGAUCGAGUUUGAAGAUCAAAAUUUAAAGGAAAGAGGUUGGCAAAAGCUGAAGAAAGUCAAAAGCAACAAGGACCAUGCCGUCCUUUCACUGCGGCCGUACAUGUCUUACAAGUUCCGGAUCAGUGCCAUCAAUGAAGUUGGCAAUAGCGGCCCAAGCCAACCAUCUGACAUCUACAACACAAGUGCUGAAGCUCCAGACAAAAACCCAGAGAAUGUCAGGAGUGAGUCUGUACAUCCAAACACUUUGGUCAUUGCCUGGAAGGAAAUGGAAAAACAUGAAUUCAAUGGCCCUGACUUUCACUAUAAGGUGAUGUGGAGGCGAGCAGUGGGCAGCGGGCCUAUAUGGCACGAAAACAUAACAAAAGUACCGCUUGUUGAUUUUGGCGAUGUCGGCAGUUUUGCGGCAUUUGAAGUCAAAGUUCAGGCUGCCAAUGAGAAGGGAGAUGGACCUGAGCCAGACCCUGUCAUAGUGUAUUCAGGGGAAGACGUUCCACUUGAGGGUCCAUUGGUUGUAGGAAUUGAUCUGAAAAACAGCACUACAGUUGAAGCGAGAUGGGCACCUAUUGAUAAAGAGAAAGUCAGAGGACACCUGCUUGGAUACAAGAUACACCUGACCUGGAAGGGUUACAGAUUUCAUCAUGGUCAUGGAUCCACAGAUAGUGAGAACACUAUAGUGGAAAAAACUGAACCUAAUGAAGAGAGGAAGGUCAUCAGUAAUCUCAGACCAUUUUCAAAGUAUGAUCUGGCUGUCACUGUUUUCAACAACAAGGGAGAAGGACCUUAUUCUGAGACGGUGCCCUUCAUGACCGAAGAGGGAGUACCUGGUCCUCCAGCGUUCCUGAGUCUUCGCAGCCCAUCAGAGACAGAAAUGACCAUGGAAUGGAAACCUCCUGUCCAUCCUAAUGGAAAUCUCACCGGAUAUGUGCUGCAGUACCAACAGAUAACCGAGAACGAUGAUAGCCUCAUAAAAGAGAAAACAAUAGAUAACCCUAAGAUCACUCAUCACACGCUGAAAGGUCUGGAUCCUCACAGCAGCUACCGCUUCUACCUGAGUGGGCGUACAGCUGUUGGAAAUGGAAAGCCAAUCAUGAAGACGGGUGCCACCAAGUCAGAUGCCCUACCUAUGAAUAUCACACUGUCUGUGGGGGAAAACUUGGUUAAUAUCAGCUGGGCGGUCAAGAGGAAACACCGGCAUACUGAUUUCCAGAUACACUACCGCGAUGACAAUGAGAGUGAAUGGAGGAAGACAGAAAAGCUGAACUCCUCUCAGUUUUUCUACCAGCUCCAGGGACUGACCCCUGGCUCUAAUUAUCAGCUACACUUCAUCUACCAAAAAAAUGCAUUCUUCAAAACUGAUGUUAACACUGAAAAAAAAGCAGCAAUGCAGCAAAGCUUUGCAACACAGGGCUGGUUCAUCAGUGUUGUGAGCGCCGCCGUGCUGCUGCUGCUGAUCCUGCUCAUCCUCUGCUUCAUCAAGAGGAGUAAGGGAGGAAAGUACUCAGUGAAAGAUAAAGAAGAUGGACCGAUGGACUCAGAAGCUCGACCGAUGAAAGAUGAAACCUUUGGAGAGUACAGAUCUCUUGAAAGUGAUCUUGAGGAGAAGCAGACAGCCAGUCAGCCAUCCCUGUGUGAUGACAGCAAGCUGUGCAGCGACAACAACCUGGACUUUAACGGCAGCAGUGUCGUCACCUCUGAUCUCAACCUGGAUGAGUCUCUGAUCAGUGAGAUCAGUCGUCCAAGUGCUCAAGAGGGUUUCCACAGUCUGCCACAGAACUCCACCUUCAACCCUGUUCCCGUCUCUUCUGCCACCAAUGGUGUGUCCAACUUAGUCACCAUCCCUGACUAACUCCAGUCCAAGCCAUCAGGCCAAAACAUGUCAACACAUAUGUGCCCAUACCAUCAUGCCCCUCUUAGACUUUUCAUGUUUUUGAUUUCCAAUACACAAUCAUAUGCUGACAAUUCAGAAGCUCUGGCGGUCAUUUGACUGAUUGGACUUUACUAACCAAAGCAGUGUCCAAGAUAGUGGACUGUGUGACAGAAUACUGACCGCCCCCCCCUACUUUUGUUAUCUUGUGCAGUCAAAUACAGUUUAAGAUUAGCAUUUAUACUGUUCUCUUUCUUUCUCCAUGCAAACAACACAAGGAAAAACCUUUAGACAGAAUGUUGUGCAUCUAGAAGUAUCAGGGGUUUUAGAUGUGGUCAUGGAAGAGAUGCAGAGUAACACAUAUCCCAUAAAUCAACGAUUUCACUUAAAUCAACUGAAGCCGCCUUUCAGUGGAACUUGCUCUGAAAAUAAGGAGUAGCACCUGGUGUAUAUAGCUGCAUCCAUCUAUUCAGUCAUAUUACAGAACUAUAGCUAUUUACAUGCUCUCUCUAAGUUCGUGUGGCUGCUGGGUCUGCAUAAAACUAACAUAACAAUCUCGCCUUCCCUCCUCAAGUGAAACGUCAUUUACUGGAAUGAAACUGUCGUUUUUGUGCCGAGACCUAUUUGUAUUGCUCUGUAUCUGUCUUUGUCUCUUUUUACAUUGUAUUAAAGCACAUUCUUUUUGUACCUUUCCAUCUCACAUUUCCCUGUUGAAUCAAGAAUCAGUAUUUAUUACAGGUAAGAGAGAGUGCAGUCUUGUGGUCAAACACUCUCAAGUUUUAUUUUUCGACUUUUAUCAAUGCAAGCUGGACAUUGGUGAGCAGAUGGCUGCCAGUUAAUGUGUGAUAAAGGCAAACUGUUGGUAUUUAUACAAGAGAAUGUAUUCUUUUCAGGGCAAGUUUAGACGUUGUGUUAACAUGCUUUUAAUCUGAGUAAGAAGUUUCUGGGGAAGAAAGUUCCCUCCCACCCCAACAGAAUGUAAAUAACCCUUAAAGAACAAUGUUUGAUAGAAAAAUGUUAAAAUGUGCAGGUUUCAAUUUUCCAACUUACUUUUUAAAAACGUCAAGUUUGAAUUCCUUCUUUUAGUUACUCACACUUUAUGAUUUUUGCGUUUUUGAUGACUGAUACAGUCAGAUUUGGGUGUAGAAAAAUAGAUAUUAAACAAAAUGAAAAAAAAAGCUCCACAUUGUUCUGUAGAUGUUUGAAAACAUAUCAAAAUUUGAUAAUCAAAAAACUUGUUCCUAGUGUCAUUUAGUGAAAGUAGACACAUCACACUAAAAGUUAGGUUUGUCUUCAUGCACAUAGUAAUUCAUCAAAGAGCUUCAGUUCAGUGAAUAUCUGUGCUGCUUGUGUGUGCAGGAAGUCACUCCUUGUUUAAUCAAAGCCUUCCUGUUGGCCAAACGUUGCUGGAAGAAACAUCCAUUCGCUCCAUGAAGUUGAACUCAGGACAAAUCUUAAAAGAAAUCAAUUUUCAGUCAGGAGUGAGGACAGAGACAACAUGCCAAUAUCGUAACACAGAACUCUGCCUGUAAACAUCUGCCUUUGUUGGUGUUAAGAGCAAAUGUUAGUUUUCCAUGAUCAAUAGGCAUCCUUGCACAGAUACUUACUGGACUGCAGCUCAUCCUGAUUUAUGUGUUUCAAAAGGAAACCGAGUGCCCCCUCCUUCAAGCUUUGCUUUUCCACUUUUUGUUGCUCUUCUUUGUUCUUUUUUAUAAAAAAAAGUGUUAAAAUGAAUUGCUUUAUUUAAAAAAAAAAAGCUUCUCUAGAUUUCAAACGCAGUCAGAUUUGACGAUAAUGCCAGACGAGAGAAAAACUUUAGGAGACACUGAAAUCUAGGGAGUGUGUGUUUCACUAGGACGGGUGCCUCUUUUGUGGAGAACAAUUGACAUUGAGGUGAUGUCUGUAUGUUUCCUGGUUGUUUGUGGGCACCACAGAUGGGACCAGUAAAACUGUAACUGCUUUAUGGAUCUGCCAAUGUAACUGCAAAUAUGACAAAUAAAAAUACCUGAAAUGA